AAAAUUCUAAUUUUCAAGAAGCAAUGUGCAAUAAACAACAUAGUAUAUAAACGUUUUUGUCGCUUAAGUGUCAAUACUUCAGUGAUCAGUCCUUAAUCCUUAUCGCACUAGUCAGAAUAGAACUUACAACUCAAAUCCAUUAUUAACAUCUACCGGAGUUUAGUAAUCACUUCUUAAAUUUUUUAUUGUUAAAUAUAUUUUUUUGUUUCAAAGAAAUACUUUGAAUGUUAUAUAACGUAUCUUCAAUUCUUAUAAAAAAAUUGUUAUAUAUUAAAAGACAAAAUCUAUUGUUGAUAACAAUUUCAAACUUAUUCGGCGAUUUUCUCUAAAAUAAAAAUUAUGGCCGGCCGAUUGAGCAGGAUUUUUUACGCAUCUGCUUAUCAGGUGUCGAGAUCUAUGUCGUAUGUAAAUUAUUUUAACAAAGUGUCACCAAAAAGUGUUUCUAUUGUAAGUGGCAAGCUUCAAUAUUUUGCUGCUCCUAGAUUCUUUUCACAACAGACAGAACAGAUGAUAGUUGAUUAUGAUUACGUCAAAAAGGCAACUUCCGAUGACAACAUAUAUAUAAUAGAUGUAAGGGAACCUGAGGAAGUUAAGGAACAUGGUAAAAUACCAAACAGUGUCAAUAUCCCAUUGGGUGCAGUUUCUACUGUGCUGGGUCCAAUGUCUGAUAAAGAAUUUGAAAAAACAUACAAUAGAUUAAAGCCUUCAGAAGAUGCUGAAAUUAUUUUCUAUUGUAUGAUAGGAAAAAGAUCCGGAAUGGCCCAACAGAAUGCUUUUAAUCUUGGUUAUAAAAAUGCUAAAAAUUAUGUUGGCAGUUGGACCGAUUGGGCAACAAAGAUGUAACAAAAUUUAGCCAAUAUUUAUUACACACAGACAUACCUAGUCAAAAAUUUAUUUAGUUACAUAACCAUGCAUGAUAAUUUUCAACCAGUGAUUACAGAAAAAAAUCUCUUAACAAAAAUGGUUGUGGAAUAAAGAAUAUGCUUUAA